UACUUCUUUCUCUUUCGAUAUCGAAACGUGAACGCGUAUUAUCGGCCGAACGAAAGUAGUUCCGACUUAGUGAAAUUAUUAUACUUUUUUCUCCAAUUUGCAAAUUAAAAACGCUUAAUUAAAAAGUAAUGGCUGCAAAAUUGCUGACUCGAGUAUGCGGUAUCUGUCAUGAUACUUUGUUAUAUGAUACAUCUGUCACUUUAACGUGUGGUUUAUCCCACUUGUUUUGUCGUAAUUGCGUCGACUGCCUCUUGGUUUCCUUCCCACCCGAACAAGCUAUGGAUUUCGCUUGCCCACUUUGUGAAGGAGAAGUGAACUGGCCUUCAGGUGGAAUUGACGAUUUUCCGAGAGUCUCCUUAUUACAAGAUGCUGGGUACUUGAAACACCAACUUGAAAUAGAGCAUGCAAACUUAAAAAGAGAGCUUAGCUGGAAACUAGAGACCAUUGACAAGCGAAAGUCCGAUCCUAGAAUAAAUAUCCUGAAACAGAAAGUUAAAUUUGGCUACGAAAAACAUCUGGGCCUAUUGUUGAAAUCUGCUAUAGCAAUAAAUAAGUUAGAAACUAGAAUUAUACCUCUUAGGAGACAAGAAAUAAACGAACAUGUUUAUAAUUAUAUUGGUAAUAAUUUGAAAACUAUUUACGAAUGGAAAAAUUCCCCAGAAAUGUAUGACUUUGAAGUAUGUGAGGGACUAUCAUCGACUGUUCUCAGGCCUCAGCGCAAAUAUUUUUAUCAAUUUUCAGCUCCUAUAAAAAGUAUUCACAUGCAAAAUGAUCGAUGCUAUCUAUUGACUGUAGAUAGCGAUGAAACUGGUUCUAUUUAUCAAGUAAACUACGAAAAGGAUUCUAAACCUCGCUUGAUAGCAGUGAAACAAGAAGUGGUCUGUAUGGACGUUUGCAAUGAAAGAAAUGAAUUUAUUGUACUAUUACAUCGCUGGGAAAAUCGAGCUUUCAGAGUAAGAAUAGAAAAAUUUGACCAAUUUCAUGGAUCUUUUUCGAAAUUUAAUCAUCACAAUUUGAAAUGCCUUCUUAAUACUAGAAUAUUUAGCGUUGAUGAUACUUACGUAUUGAUCAAUAACAAUUCAGUUUUGAAGAAAGAAUCAACCUCCAAUCGCUUAAAACAUGUUUUUAAAAAGAUUGACGGAACCUUUUCGCGAUUUAUCAACAAUACUGCAUAUUUUAUUGGAACAAACCGACGCGUGACAAUCACGGAUACUGAAGACAGAAGAUAUUACAACAUGAUUGUUCCUAUAAAUACGGAAUAUACCUCAUUCAAAUCUGAAAUUAUCGACAGGCUGACAAAAGGUCAUAUUUUGCUGUCAGAUACUCGGUACAUAUAUUUAUUACAACCUCAAACAAAGAAAGGUUUCGCUUUUGCUUCUGAACCGCUCUUUGGUGUAUCUGGUAUAGUUGAUUACGUUAUGACAAAAAAACAAGUGAUAUUUUCUGUUCACGUGACAGAAAAAGUAGAAAGAGUCUUUCUACUGCAUUUUGAUCUCUAAAAAUAUGAGCAUAUAUUUCGACUUUCAACAAAAUUUAUUCUUACAUUUUCGAUUAUCAUUUUUUCAUUGAAUAGAUACAA